AUGGCAAAGCUGACCAAGCCGAACGCGGCGGCGGAGAAAGCACCCCCCAAGUCGGCGAAGAAAGAAAAAAAAGUGAAAACCGCAGCCAAAGAGAAGGUGCCUUCGAAGAAAACCACCGAAGCAGUCAAGAAAAUCUCUGCGAAGGUGCCAGCGAAACCCACGACGAAACGUGUCGUGCAAAAGGACAAAGUGCACCAGCUCAAAUUGAAGGUGGAGAAGGGCGACGAGGCGGCCCGUAAAGAGCUCGAGGAGCUGAUUAAGAAAUUGGAAGCGCAGAAGACCACGAGCAAAAGGUCGAGGCGUAAGCUCAACAUGUACAAAAAUAUUUUAAAACCGAAAACGGGCAAAUAA